GCACCGCACCGAAACCUCACUCUAUUCGCUUCAGUCGGUUUCGCACCGCUUCCGCCGAUUGUUUUUCCUCUCCAGAUUUCUCCAUUUAUUUCUUAUCUUACUUUCAUCGCCAAAUCCGAGUUUCUAAUUGUCGUCUCGGGCGUUCAGGCAGCGUCAAUUGCUUGUUGGAUUUUGAAUCUGUUUUUUGUUUUUGACUUGGCUAGGAAAUGUCGAGUUUAGUGGAGCGACUGCGUGCUAGGUCGGAUCGGAGGCCUGUUUACAAUUUGGAUGAUUCGGACGACGAGGGGGACUUUCCGAAGAAGAAGCCUGGGGCGGGCGAUUCUUUUGAAUUUGAGAAAAUUGAACGGCCUGAUGCGAAGGAAGGAUCAUGCCAAGCCUGUGGAGAAAGUGGCGAUCUUUUGAAUUGUGAGACUUGUAAUUAUUCAUACCAUCCCAAGUGCUUACUUCCAGCAAUGAGAGGUCCUCCCCCCAGCUCUUGGAAAUGUCCAGCAUGUGUUGGCUACUUGAAUGAAAUUGAAAAGAUACUGGACUGUGAGUUACGUCCCUGUGCUACAGAUGAAGCUGAUGCAUCUGGAUCAGGCUCGACUCAAGCUUUAACGAAACAAUAUUUAGUUAAAUGGAAAGGACUAUCUUACCUCCACUGUACAUGGAUCCCCGAGGCGGAGUUUGUUAAGGCAUACAAGUCAAAUCCUCGUUUGAGAACAAAAGUAAACAAUUUUCACACCAAAUUUUCGUCGUUAAAUAACCACGAGGAUGAAUAUGUCCCUAUUCGGCCAGAUUGGACUACAGUGGACCGGAUCAUUGCCUGCAGGGAAGUGGAAGAAGUGAAAGAAUAUCUUGUGAAAUGGAAGGAACUUCCAUAUGAUGAAUGCUCUUGGGAAUUGGAAUCUGACAUUGCAUCAUUUCACAAAGAAAUUGAAAAGUACAAUCAAAUGCAGUGUCAAAGUGACCAUGGUUCUGCUACAAAACAAAAGAUUGACAGUCCUGAUGACUUGGAAUCUAAGAAAAAACCGAAAGAGUUUCAACAUUAUGAGAGUACCCCCGAGUUUCUUUGUGGAGGUUCACUGCAUCCGUAUCAGCUUGAAGGACUGAAUUUUUUACGUUAUUCUUGGGCCAAGCAUACGCAUGUGAUACUUGCAGAUGAGAUGGGACUUGGCAAAACAAUACAAAGUAUUGCCUUUUUGUCAUCUCUUUGUGAGGAGAAUCUAUCCCCUCAUCUUGUGGUUGCUCCUCUUUCGACAUUGAGGAACUGGGAACGUGAAUUUGCCACUUGGGCUCCCCAUAUUAAUGUUGUAAUGUAUGUUGGCACAGCGCAAGCACGCUCUAUAAUAAGAGAAUAUGAAUUUUACCUGCCCAAAGAUCAAAAGAAGAAGAAGAAAAGGAGAUCUGGUCAAGUUGGUAGUGAAGACAAACAAGACAGGAUUAAAUUUGAUGUCCUUUUGACAUCUUAUGAAAUGAUCAACAUGGAUUCAACGUCAUUGAAACCCAUAAAAUGGGAGUGCAUGAUUGUCGAUGAAGGGCAUCGUCUUAAAAACAAGGAUUCAAAAUUAUUUUCUAUGUUGACGCAGUAUUCUAGUAGACAUCGAGUCCUUUUGACUGGCACUCCACUACAGAACAACUUGGAUGAACUUUUCAUGCUUAUGCAUUUCCUUGAUGCUGGAAAGUUUGGAAGCUUAGAGGAUUUUCAGGAGGAAUUCAAGGAUAUUAAUCAAGAGGAACAGAUAGAGAGGCUUCAUAAACUGUUGGCUCCCCAUCUCCUGCGAAGGGUAAAAAAAGAUGUCAUGACAGAAUUACCUCCGAAAAAGGAGCUGAUUCUGCGUGUUGAAUUAAGUAGCAAGCAGAAAGAAUAUUAUAAAGCAAUCUUGACUCGCAACUAUCAGAUACUAACUCGCAAAGGUGGUGCCCAGAUUUCCCUUAUCAAUGUGGUGAUGGAACUGCGCAAACUCUGUUGUCAUCCCUUCAUGUUGGAAGGCGUUGAACCAGAAGAUACUAACGAGUUCAAUAAGCAACUCUUGGAAACAUCAGGGAAGUUACAACUUUUGGACAAGAUGAUGGUCAAACUUAAAGAGCAGGGCCACAGAGUGCUGAUAUAUUCUCAAUUCCAGCAUAUGUUGGACUUGCUAGAAGAUUACUGCAAUUAUAGGAAAUGGCUUUAUGAAAGGAUUGAUGGAAAGGUCGGAGGGGCGGAAAGACAGAUUCGAAUUGAUCGUUUUAAUGCAAAAAAUUCAUCCAGAUUCUGUUUCCUGCUAUCCACUAGAGCAGGAGGUCUAGGAAUUAACCUUGCUACUGCUGACACAGUAAUCAUAUAUGAUAGUGAUUGGAAUCCUCAUGCAGAUUUGCAGGCUAUGGCAAGGGCUCAUCGUCUUGGUCAAACCAAUAAGGUUAUGAUCUAUAGGCUCAUAACAAGGGGGACCAUUGAAGAAAGGAUGAUGCAGAUGACCAAAAAGAAAAUGGUAUUGGAGCAUCUAGUUGUUGGAAGGCUCAAAGCGCAGAACAUUAAUCAGGAAGAACUAGAUGACAUCAUAAGAUAUGGAUCCAAGGAGUUAUUUGAAGAUGAUAAUGAUGAAUCAGUAAAAUCUCGUCAAAUUCAUUAUGAUGAUACUGCAAUUGAUAGACUACUCAAUCGCGAACAAAUUGGAGAUGAAGCGGCUUCUUUGGACGAUGAAGAGGAGAAUGGGUUUUUGAAAGCCUUCAAGGUAGCAAAUUUCGAGUAUGUUGAUGAAGCUGAAGUAGCUGCAGAAGAGGAAACAACUGUUGCACCGGAGGAGAAUAAAGCUUCAGUAAGCAGUUCUGAAAGAGCAAGUUACUGGGAAGAUCUGUUAGGAGAUAAAUACGAAGUUCAUAAGAUAGAGGAAUUUAAUGCUAUGGGUAAGAGAAAGAGGAGUCGCAAACAGGUUGUUUCUGUUGAAGAAGAUGACCGCGCUGGUUUGGAAGAAGUGAGCUCAGAUGGGGAAGAAGAUGACGCAUACACAACUGACAAUGAUGCAGGUUCAGCAGGAGCUGCAACUGGCAGACGCCAUUACAGAAAAAGAGCUCGAGCUGGCAAUUCAGAGAAACAUCCUCUAAUGGAGGGUGAAGGAAAGCACCUUCGUGUUUUGGGAUUUAAUCAAAGCCAGAGAGCGUUAUUUGUUCAACUGUUGAUGAGGUUUGGCACUGGGGAUUUUGAUUGGGGAGAGUUUUUGCCGCGCUUUAAGCAAAAGACCUAUGAAGAAAUUCACAACUAUGGGAUGAUGUUAUUUGAGCACGCAGUUGAAGAUCCGAAUGACUCGCCUACCUUUUCAGAUGGUGUCCCCAAAGAGGGUUUAAGAACUGACGAUCUACUCGUCAGAAUUGCUACACUAUCCCUUUUCAGGGACAAAGUGAAAUUUCUCCGAGACUCCCCCAUCAUUUUCACUGACGAUGUUGUAAGCCGCCACCCUGCGCUCAGAGGAGGGAAGAUUUGGAACGAACAGCAUGAUCGACUGUUGUUCCAAGCUGUGAUGAAACACGGAUACGGACGUUGGCAGCAAAUUGUCGACGACAGGGACUUGAAACUGCAAGAAGUCAUCUGUCAAGAGCUGGGCCUUCGACCCCCAAAUAUGCCGGUUCCGGGAUCCUCCUCUCAAGCUCAUACUUCCUCUCCCGGAACAACUGCUCAAGCACCACAGGAGGGCUCAUCCUCGGGAGCAACAACUGAAACAGCCGCCCGACCUCAACCUUCUCAAGAGACAACAUCGCUGUACCAUUUGCGGGAAAUACAGAGAAGGCAGGUCGAAUUCAUUAAGAAAAGAGUGCUGCUUCUGGAGAAGGGGCUUCACGCUGAAGUAACAAAAGAAUAUUUUGCGAACCCGGCAGCAUUUGAAGUCCCCGAGUAUGUGCCAAGGCACCUCCGCACUGCAGAGGCAAAGCAUCCGACUUCCGAAGCCUCCAAACUGAAAACAAUAGCGACCGAAGAAGGGUCGAAGGUUGCAGUAGAUCAAAGUACUGGCGAUGCUGCACCCGGAAGUUCGGAUUUAAAUCCGGGGGUCGAUAACAAGAAUGAUGACUGAACCUUCCGGAGAAGGGAGAAAAUGUUGGUAAAGUUGCCGACCUGGUAAGUCGAAUAUAGAGUAUAAAAAAUAAAGAGGAUGUUUUAUUAGCAGAAACUAUACUGCAAAUGUAGCAAGUGAUGCACAGCAUCUCUGUGUGUGUGGUGUGUAAUAUGUACCAUUAUAUUUGAAUGUUUAUUGUUUUAUUUAACUUAAUUGACAUUGAUAAAGUUAGUUAUACUUUGGACUUUAGUUUUUUAUUAAAAAAAAUAGGAUCUUAUUUAUGGUAUGAAUUAUUGUGAUGCA